AUGAGAGCCGUUCGCUUCCACGGACGCGGCGACAUCCGCGUCGACCAAAUCGAAGAGCCCACCUGCGCCGCCGGACAGGUCAAGGUACAUACCUACACCUCCCUACCCGAAACCAAGCGCCACGCUCACAUGCAUAGAUACGACCUGCAUUCGUGGGAAUCUGCGGAAGCGGUAAGCACCACAAAGCCAGCACCCAACACACACACUGAGACAGCAGACCUGCACGAAUACCUCUCGGGCCCGAUCACCGUCCCGCAGACGCCGCACGCGAUCACGGGCCAGAAACUCCCCGUCACCCUGGGCCACGAGUUCAGCGGCACCGUCGAGGAAGUCGGCGCGGGCGUCUCGCGCGUCCGCGUCGGGGACCGGGUGGCGGUCAAGCCGAACCUGGCGGAUGGGACGUGUCCGUGUUGUGUGCGGGGACGGCCGAAUUGCUGCCGGAAUCUGGGGUUCAUCGGGUAUAGCAGUGGCUUGUCGGACCAUGUGGUGGUGCCCGAAAAGCAUGCCAUCCCGUUACCGGGAUCCAUCCCCCUGGACAUCGGAGCGCUCGUGGAGCCGCUCACCGUCGCCUGGCACGCCGUCGACCGGGCCCCGAUCGAGACGGCGCAGACGGCGCUCGUCGUCGGCGGUGGCCCCAUCGGGCUGGCGGUGGUGCAGGUGCUGAAGGCGCGCGGGGUGGAACGCAUCGUGGUGGCGGAGGUGUCGCAGCAGCGCCAACGUUUUGCGACGACGCUGGGAGCCACGGACGUCGUGGACCCGCGGAAGGAGGACGUGGUCGCGAUGGUGCGCGCGAUGACGGCGGGGGCUGGGGCGGACGUUGCGUUCGAGUGUUCCGGGGUGCAGGCGGGGUUUGACACGGCGAUGAAGGGGAUCCGCGUGCGCGGGACGGUGACGAUUGUGUCGCUGUGGGAGGAGAAGCCGGUGAUUGAUGCGUUCGAUGUGGUCUCGUAUGAGAAACAUGUGGUGGGGGCAGCGAUCUGUGACGAGGGGGAUUUUGAGGCGGUCAUUGAGGCUAUUGCUGCUGGCAAGAUCUCUCCCCAGGCGAUGAUCACUGGGAAAAUUCGGAUGGAAGACGUGGUGGAAAAGGGGUUUGAGGCGCUGGUUCGCGAACGGGAUCAGCACGUCAAGAUCCUGAUUGACAUUUCGGCGUAG